AUGGUCUCAUUCCUCUCGUUCAAAUACUACAAUCAUUCAGUCUACUUUGAGGUCAUCCGAGACUGCUACGAGGCCUUUGCGAUUGCCUCCUUCUUCAGCUUGAUGUGCGCAUACACCGCGCCGGACCUGCACCAGCAGAAACAGUACUUCCGCACGAUGUUGUGGCGGCGAGAGAGGAAUCUGGAGGACGCUAGAAGUGGUCUGACGUGGUUCAAUAUCAUCUGGGUCGCCAUCUUCCAAUAUUGCUUCAUUCGAGUCGCCAUGACCAUAACAGCGCUCAUCACUCAGUUCUUCGACCGAUACUGUAUCGAGUCACUGAAUCCAGCCUUCGCACACGUCUGGGUCAUGGUCAUCGAGGCCACCGCCGUCACAAUCGCUAUGUAUUGCCUCAUUCAGUUCUACUAUCAGAUCAGGCAGGACAUCGCCGAGCACAAGCCGCUGCUCAAGGUCCUGGCUAUCAAACUUGUGAUCUUUUUGUCAUUCUGGCAAACAAUCCUUAUUUCAUUCUUGACAUCAAGUGGAGCGGUCAAGCCAUCGAACACCAUCCAGACCCCUGACCUGAGGGUCGGCAUACCCGCCAUGCUACUGUGUAUCGAAAUGGCUCUCUUCGCCAUCUUUCACUUCUUUGCCUUCAGCUACCGUCCCUACGUGAUCGGAUCGAAGAACAUACUUGCCGAGACCACGCCCGGCGAGGCUCCUCCGCGAUACGUUGGAGGCUUUCUUGGUAUCAAGGCUUUUAUGGAUUCGAUGAACCCAUGGGACAUGUUCAAAGCAAUUGGUCGCGGAGCGAGAUGGAUGGUGGUAGGUCACAAAAAUCGACAUCAAGACCCGAGCUACGACGUUUCGCUGGGCAGGAAGCCCACGAAUGACUCCUUGCCAAGUCAUCCUGAGCCCUACAACUCUACCGCAUACCAUAGCUCACACGGCACAAUAAGCGACGACACCGAGAUAUUACUAUCAAAUCAGCAAAGUGCAGGCAUAACUCGCUACGAGAGCGCGCCUCAAAGAUCAGAUUACAGAUAUGAGCCAGAGGCGGAUAUAGGAGUCGCAGCAACGUCUGAUAACAGAGUCUACCAGUCUUACAACUCGUCUGGCACUAUGACGCCUCAACAGUCAGUCGGACAAGGCGCGAGCGUUCCGCCAGCUUAUGGUGCAUACACUGGAGAGGCGCGGGUAGGCGCGAAAAUACCAUAUCAACAUCCCCAGUACCGGCCACCUGGUCCUGGCGAUGCUUUGGGUGGGAAGGGGAACAUGUUCUGA